AUGCUAGCAGCUAGCUUUGACGCCGCCGCUUUUGGCGAGUCCCACAUCACCAAGGGUAUCGGCCGUCUCUCGAAGCACGUCUUUGAGGAUGGUAAAGGCAGCUGGAUCACCACUGACAAGGGUGUCAAGCUGCUCGACAUGACUUCCGGUAUCGGCGUCUGCAAUUUGGGACACUGUCACCCCAAGGUGACCGAGGCUGCUGCCAAGCAAUGUGGCAAGAUCACCCAUGCACAGGUCAACAUCGGCUUUUCUGCUACCCAGAUCGAGCUUAUCCAGCACCUCCUUCCUAUUCUCCCCCACCCUUCCCUUGACACUGUCUUCUUCUGGAACUCUGGUGCCGAAGCCGUCGAGGCAGCUGUCAAGCUCGCCCGAGCUGCCACCAAGAAGCAAAACAUCAUCGUCAUGCAAGGCUCUUACCACGGCCGAACCGCUGCCACCGCUGCUCUCACUCGAUCCAAGACCAUCUACGGUGAAGGUCAUGGUCCACUCAUGCCCGGUGUCUUUGCAACCUCUUUCCCCUUCUACUCCCACUUUGGCUUGUCCGUCGACACUGACGUCGAGGAGCUCGUGCGUCAGUCGCUUUACCAAGUUCGCUUGACAUUGCAGCAGCAGACUGCCCCCUCUGACACAGCUGCUAUCAUCAUCGAGCCUGUCAUUGGUGAGGGUGGCUAUGUCCCAGCUCCCGCGUCUUUCCUCCACGGUCUUCGCCAGAUCUGUGAUGAGAACAAUCUCCUUCUCAUCUGCGACGAGGUUCAGUCAGGCUUCGGCCGCACUGGCACCAUGUUUGCCGUCGAGGAUUCUGGCGUUCGCCCCGAUGUACUCAUCUUCGCCAAGGGUAUCGCUAAUGGUUUCCCCCUCUCCGGCAUUGCAUCAACUAACGAACUCAUGAGCCGUCAAAAGCCAGGCUCCAUGGGCGGCACCUACGCCGGUAACGCAGUAUCCUGCGCCGCUGCCACCGCUGUCAUCAAGGCCUUCGAAGAGGAGAAAGUCCUCGACAAUGUCGCCAAGCGUUCCGACCAGCUCGUUUCCUUCCUCAACAGUCUCAAAAAGGACUCCGAAUACGGCCACCUUAUCGAGGACGUUCGCGGACGAGGUCUCAUGAUUGGUGUCCAGUUCUCCAACACAUCCACCAACGCAGCUUCGCAGAACACAACAGCAGCGGCAAUGGGAGCGAAGAAGGUCGAGCAGAUCGCACCAAAGAUCGUCGCCGAGUGUCUCAAGCGUGACAUGCUACUGUUGAGCACGUCAGCGUUUGACGUGUUAAGGUUCAUCCCUCCUCUCAACAUUAGCGAGCAGGAGUUGAGCCAGGCUUGCAGCAUCUUCAAGGAGUCUUUUGAGGCUGCGGCUAAGGAUCUUGGUCACUAG